UCUGUGUGACUGGGAGUUUGUUAAAAAGCUGCAAAUAAAGAGUUUUUGUGAAACUCAGUUCUGGCCUGCCGUACUUCUGUGCUCCACCCACCCGCUCAACUUACUACAACGUCCUUUUAAAAUUCAAUUCUCUCUAUGUUCAUUUCACCUCCUCGAGCAACCUGUGGCUCACAGAACUACAAACACGCACACACACUGUUCUGUGCUCUACACACUCUCAGUUCAGCAGUCUUAUCUGCUUUCCUGGUGAACUUCCACCCAAACGGCAGCCACAAUAACAGGAAGUGAGUUGUCGAGCAGCUGGACAUCUCAGGGUCUCUCACUCACACACACACUCACUGCCGGACGACGACCCCAGCAUCAACGUUCACACACUUUAUCUCUGGAUUAUUGUAGACGUUCACACACCGGGGAGGAUUUACACUGCGAUGAUGAUACACUUUGUUGGGAAGCAGGCGUUCAGGACGUUUCUCUGGACAGCGUUUCUACACUUUAUUUUCACCACAGCUGAACAUGUUAAAGACAUUUCACCAUCGUCCAUCCUGCAGAGAGAGAAACGAGCAUGGAAGUGGAACAUGAUGCUCGUAUACGAGGAGAAACAGCCGAGCGAUCCGCCGGAGAUAAUCGGCAGACUGAAGAACACUUUGUUCGAUGAAAACAAUGUAAAGUUCAAGCUCUCAGGAGACGGAGCUGGCGACAUCUUCAUCCUGAGCAAGACGGGAGAGGUGCUGGUGUUGAAGAAGUUGGAUCGAGAAACUGCCAGCAGCUACACACUAAAAGCAGAAAUCAUAGACAUUAAGAGUGGAAGGAAGCUUGAAGAUGACACGGAAUUCACCAUCCACGUCCAGGACAUUAACGAUAACGGUCCUGUGUUCUCAGAGACUUACACUGGGUUUGUAAAAGAACGAGCAGAAAAAGGAACUAAGGUGCUGACGGUGAACGCAACUGAUAAAGACGACCCGUCCACGCCCCACGGCCUCAUCAUGUACGAACUGCUGAACGGAACCAACUUCUUCAGCAUUAAUAACAAAACGGGUGAAAUUUCCACUAAGGUUGACACACUGGAUCGUGAGACUCAGAGUGAGUAUAAGCUGAGAGUGAAGGCGUCGGACAUGUUCGGAGUCAAAAAUGCAGCGAAACAAACAGCGGACACUGUAGUGACCAUCAAUAUAAAGGACAUUAAUGACAACGUGGCCUCUUUCUCAAAAGAACGCUACAAGUUUUCUGUGAAAGAGGACGAGCCAGCAGGGUUCAAUAUCGGAAGACUGGACAUUAAUGACCGCGAUGAGAAACAGAAUAAAAACGCCACAUUUACUAUUGAUCAAUCUCAGACAGAAACCUUUGAUGUGAAGCUGAACGACAAUAAUGAUGGAGUUCUCAUACUGAAGAAGAAACUCGACUAUGAGACGAAGCCGAGCUACAAUUUUACAAUAAAACUUCAAGAGCAUGUUGUCCAACCUCCGGACAAUACCAACCUCAGGAGUAGUGCACAGAUCCUCAUCACCGUUGAAGAUGUGGACGAGCCGCCAGUCUUCACCCAGACAGAGUACACCUUUAGUGUUCGCGAAGGUCAGAAAAAUAUCAUUGUGGGAACGGUUUCAGCCAAGGACACAGACAAAACCAGCCACAGGAUACGGUACAGCAUAAGUUUGUCUGCAUGGCCAGUGAACAUUAACAGUGAGACGGGACAGCUCACUCUGAAGAACGCUCUGGAUCGAGAAGCCAAAGAUGUCCAUGAGUUCCUAGUUACAGCAGAGGAGGAAUCGACAAGCAGACUGAAAUCUUCUGCAGUGGUCAAAAUAAAUGUCCUGGACAUCAAUGACAACGACCCGUACCUGGACAAGGACAAAGUGUACAUCUGCGAGAGCGAUGAAAGUGGAACGAUCAUCGAUGUUAUCGGUGCCACCGACAAGGACGAGAAUCCUGGGAAAUUUCAUUUCACUCUCAAAGGAAAGCAUUCAAACUUUUCCCUUCAUGACAAUCUGAAUAACACGGUCAGCAUCAUUCUGAAUCACGGAGGUUUUAGUGCAAAGAACCCUGUGGAGGAACAUCUGGAUAUCGAAGUUAUUGACGGAGGAAAUCCACCACGGAAAAUCACCAGAUCUCUUCAGCUGGAAGUGUGUGUGUGUGGGAGAGAGAGACAGAAGGAGUACUGUGUCGCCUACAACAGGUCUGGAGUCAGUGUGAGCGCUGUUAUCGCCAUCCUGCUCUGCAUCCUCACCAUCCUCGUGAUCGUAAUUCUCUUCGUGCUGCGUAAACGCUACCAGAAGGAGGUGCUAGCCGCUGUCAAGAAACCAUCCAGUGAGAUUCAUGAGCAGCUCGUGGUGUAUGAUGAAGAAGGUGGAGGAGAAAUGGACACCAACGUAUACGACGUCUCCAUCCUGACCUCAGCUCGCUCAGACACCCGUCUCGGUCCUGAUCCACCUCCUCCGGCUAUGUAUGCCGUCGUGAAGAAGCCUUCAGCCUGUAAAGGUGACAUGGCUGUGAUGAUCGGGGUGAAGAAGGACGAGGCUGAUCACGACCGCGACGGAAUUCCCUAUGACACGCUGCACAUUUACGGCUACGAAGGGUCCGAGUCCCUUGCCGGGUCACUGAGCUCUCUCGAAUCAUCUUCUUCCGUCACAUCCGACCUCGAUUAUGACUUUCUGAAUGACUGGGGACCCCGAUUCAGGACACUGGCUCAAAUUUACGGCUCUGAAGGGAACACUUCCUACUGAUCCUGGAAACCAAAAACCACCAGAAGAGAAGAUAAAAGAAGAAGGUUGAUUUCCUUCAGGAUAAAUUACAUUAAGAUGGAGGAUCUGAGUCGGGUUCUACAGUGAUAACAGCAGCCAAUGUUCAACUACUGAUAUACAUUAUUAUUAUUAUUAUUAUUAUUAUUAUUACUGAGUCUUUUGUAUUUUGUAAUUUCCCAUUUUAUAACUGCACAUUUGGUGCAUUUUACUUGAUUAUUAUUUUUAUAUUUUUGGGGCACAUGAGUAUUUACAGUUUUUCCCACCCCGAUCCGAGAGCAGCAAAACCCUAAAGAAUAAACCCUGACCUUAAUAAACGAACAUGUCUUACACCACUUUUAGCAUAAAAAUUGCCUCCACCUUGAUUAUUUUUCUCUAUUAGCAUCUUUCUGAUUUAUGAUCAUGACAUGAACGGCCAGGAUUCAGGUUUAUACAGUGAACAUCAUCACGCAGGGUUCUCGAGCAGUUCUGGUUAUCUUUCCAUGUUGUUUAUUGUGUGGGUUAAUAAAUCAGGUGUUCAGGUCACAUCAACUCUUUAUUCAUUUUUAUUUAAACUCAGUGCUCUCAGUUAAAAAGACAACAAAAAUCCCCCCAGCUUGUAUUAUCAAUAAACCGCAAAACUCCUCGGUUCUGAAGAUGUUGCAAAAUAUAGAGAGGAUAAACUUCUGACCAAUCAGAAUCCAGAAUACUGUUUAACAGCAAAGUUUACACAUCAGGAGAGGAGGAACGGUUUAGCAUUUUGUUGAUGCAAUAUUCUUUAAUGUCAUUACAUUUUACAUGACUGAAUCACACACACACACACACACACACACACACACACACACACACACACUGAGUGGCCGUCUGUUCUGUAACAGUAAUAUUAGCUGCAGGAAGCGGCCGUGCUCACACUGCGGUGCGAGAAACACAGGAAACAGUGUAACGAGCCGCUGACAGAAUUACAGAGCAAUCGGAGUUUAUUUGACAGAAAUCAUCAACAUGCAGACUAGUGUGUGUGUGUGUGUGUGUGUGUGUGUGUGUGUGUGUGUGUGUGUGUGAGAGAAACUCAAAUCUCAAAGGUCCAAUACAAUACAGCAAUGAGGAAAUGUACAGCAACUCACACAUACACACACACACACACACGAGAAUAAAGCCAAUGACUUUAACCUUCCAGCUGCAGUGUGAUUUGAGAUUUAAAUGACAUUAAUGUGGAACGAUUCCAUUUUAAAAACACGGCAGAAAAAAACUUUUAUUCUUCAGUUAAUCAUCAAAAGCUGAGAUCAAAUUCAUCACGAUUUCUACUGAGAACACUUUUUUAAACACUUCACAUUAUUAGUAGUAUGAAAUGUAUAAAUUCCUCAGAAACAGCAUUUUUCUUUAAAUUUACUUUAAAAACUAACGGACUCAAACAGAACAGAAUUUCACCAGUUCACCGUCUCUGAAUUAUUUAAUCGCAGGGGGAAAAAGAUUCCACUUCCUGUGCAAAAGUAAAUAUUUCGUGUGUCACAUUUUAUUUUGUUAUUGUUUGCUUAGUUCUUAUUUCUGACUGAGCAACACAAUCAUUUGUCACUUUUAAAUAAUAUUUAAUGUCGACUCACUAACGAGUGAAAAAUAAAAAGUGACUCAGAGACCAGAGUUAAAGUCUGUCUCAUGGAGGAGUUCAGCUUUCUCGAGGUAAAGUCUCUACAGAUAUGAGGAAGUUUAUUCAGUUAUUACUUCAUCAAUCUGCAAAACUUUAACAUCUGAAUUGAACUCUUAAACUGACUCUGACUCAAUUCUGACUAUGAUUUGAUUCUGACUUGACUCCAGAUCUGACUCAAUUCUGAUUCUAACUUGACUCUGACUCAACUCUGACUCUGACUCCAUCUCUUACUCGCCUCUGACUCGACUCUGACUCAACUAUGAUUCGACUCUGACUUGACUCCAGAUCUGGCUCAACUCUGACUUGAUUCUGACUCUCACUCAAGUCUGACUUGAAUCUGACUCAACUCUGAAUCUGAGAUACUAAACGAUGUUAAGGUGUUAAAGUGUAGAAAUUGUUUUAUUUAGUCGUUUUGCUCGUCGUUUUCGCUGAACCUUCACCUUCACCUCGUCUUCUUCAUCAACACAAUAAACGGAUGCCUUCUCAUUGGCAAACCCCACCCACUAUAUCAGCCACUUCCUGUCAAGAAAGCUCACUUCCUGUUCUCUUAUCUGUUAAGUAAAACAGCACAUGGGAGCGUUUUCCUGUUUUGCAUUCCAGAUGGAAAAAUAAUGCUAAGGAAUGUUUUAGAAGAACAAAGUGCAGAGGAUUUACCAACAGCUGCUCAGUUCGUCCUGCUGGUGAUGUUUAGGUGAUGUUUUAUUACAAUAUUUGAUCCUGUGAGAUCAUUUUUCUGAUUGUAGUCACAGUUUCAGUCAAACAUUUCUGUUAAGAACAACGAUAAAGUGUUUCUUAAAUUCAUGACUUUUAUAUAUUUUAUAUGAUGAUGUCAGUGUGCACAGAGACACACUCUCUCUCUCUUAUUCCCUUUCUUUUUCUUUUCUUUUCUGUUUUGAAAUCUUGCAAUCUAAAAUUUCAGGAAGAAGAAUUUAAUACAAAAAUGUGUUUUAACUUUUAUUUUCCUGUUUGUUUACGAGUGAAUUUACACUCUGAGUGUGUUACUGGAUCGUGUGUGUGUGUGUGUGUGUGUGUGUGUGUGUGUGUGUGUGUGUGUGUGUGUUUGCACACCCACUACAGAUGUGAUUUUUUUUUGUAUUUUUAUUCAUGUAAUAAACUUUACACACAUUAA